AUGAAGAACACAAACGGCCAAACGAAUGAAGCGGCAUCAGCAGGCGGUGGAUGUGAGCGGACCUUUGCGAGCCCGCAACUCGAUCCUUCAUUACUCCUCAAACAUCUUCUAGCUAGCAAAAAAGCUGCAGCAACUCUGCAAGAAGCCAGUGCAGAAAGCAGGAUCCCAUUGGUGGAUAAAAAGCGUACUUCGAAGCCCAACCCUCAGUUCCUAACAAAUCGAAAGGCCGGUAAGGCUGGUGCUAGUGCCCCGAAAUUACCGCAAGCUGCCUUCAAGGAAGGCGCGGCAAGCAUGGAAACUAAGGCAGUCGUGGACAGUACUACUGAUGAUGAAGACGCGGAUGAACCAAACACAGCCAGGCAUUCAGUUCCAUCAACUGGCCAGAGUCACCAUCUCUUUCUUUGUGAUACUAAAAGAAACUGCUGAAGUACUAGAUCAUACUGAUCAGUACUCUUUUAAGGCCGGCAGACCAAGAAGCAUAUAUAUAUAUAUACUAAAUACAGUACCGAAUAUGGUGGUGUAGUACUAUAUAUGGCUUGCAAUAAAGUGAAACCAAACAAGGUAGUAGCCAAAUUAAGCAUAUAUGUAUAUAUGCAUGGCAUGCAAAUGUUUAAUUAUUAGUUUCACCAAGAAGCAUUAAGUAUGCAUCAUGUAUAUCCGUUUUGUGCGACAGGCUCGAUCUGGCUUGUACACAGACUAAAUAUGUUGUGAAUUAUAGCUGUUUUCAAAAUAAAAGGAGUCAAAGGGCCAUGCAUGCAUGCAUGACAUGAUUAUA